AUGUCUUCUCUUACAAGCAUAGGCGUCAACAAGAAUAAAAAAUCGUUUGCUCCUACAGCAGUCAGGCGAAAAGAACGUAAACCAGCAUCGACUCAGCCUGUUGAAAUCCAGGCUCAACCACCCACUUUACCUGCUACCAUCGGCCAACCUACCCAUACCACACGUAGCGUGCCACCUAUCACUGCUGCUCCCACCCAUACCACGAGUAGUAUACCACCGAUUGUUGCUGCUCCUUCACCUAGUGCUAUCUUGCCUAAAGAAGAACCCUUGACACAAGAAGAAUUGGCCAUCAAUGCCAACAGUUCACAGCGAAAACGCCCUCGACCUACUGUACCUGUUAUUGAAGAGCCUUCGCAUGCAGCACCUCGCGUAGCUGCAGCACCCUCGCCUAUUGAUGCACCUUCUCCUAUGGCACCUAUCGAACGACCCGAUUGUCGAUUGGACGCAUCAGCUCCUUUGCUUAAAAUUGAACGCAUGACACCUGAUGUUAGAACCAAACUAAACUUGGGAGAAUCAAGUGGACAGCCAACCACACAACCUGCUGCACAGAUCAACACAAUGAAAAAAGACGAGGAUGAGAAUCGAGACGAAGCAUUGUUAGCAUCGGAUGAUGAAGAGAUUGACAUCCAGAAUAACACGCCAGAACCUAUUACAGCUCCUUCUCCUCCUCCCAUCACACCUCCUCCCAUCACACCUCCUCCCAUCACACCUCCAGUCCCUAAAAAACAAACUGCCAAACGAACUCAACCUCGUAGAGCCAAAACUCCCAAACCAGCCAUAACCAAUGUACCAGAAACAAGCACUGGAUCACGAUCAUCGUCUAGACAAGCCAAGGUAAAAGCAACAGAGGCUAUCGCAUCUCAACCAGCUUUACUUGAAGAUGACUCUGAUGAUAAUGAAGAAGCAGUGAUCAUCACAGCAAAACCAGCUAAAAAAAACAAAGGCAAAGGUAAACCAUCUACUGCUAUUACACCUGGAUCUAGCAAUAGAGCAACACCUGUCUCUAUCAGUAUUGGUGUACCAAGCCAAACUGAACAACAACAACAAGAUUCAUACGAAUCCUGUACGACAGACAGCGACGAAGAGAUUGCUCGUCUUCAAGGAAGAAGAACUAAAAGAGCGAAAAGAACAGGCCAAAUGAUCCGUAAACCUCAUAAAUUUGCCUACCGUCUUGUUGAAAAUAUGCGUACGUUGGACGACAUCACAGAUGAUUUGAACAAGAUAGACAACCUUGAUAAGCCCAUGUCGACAUUUACAAAAGAUGUGGAUGGUAUUGUGAGUAAAGCGUUUAAAGAAAUGGAAACAGCUAGAGAAGCCAAGAAAAAGACAGAAGAAGCCAAAAAGACCAUGUCCCCAGAAGAAUUAGAAGCACUCAAGAAGAAAGAAGAAGCUGAAGAAGCUGAAGUAGCUCGACAGAAAUUAUUAGCAAAAGAAAAAGAUGAUGAAAGACGAAGACGAGAAGCAGAGAAUGUAUUGGCUGAAUCAUCAAAUGCGGUUCAAGUGCGUUUAGUGAAUGGUGAAAUUGUGCUGGACACAGAUACGUUGACUGUAGAAAGAACAGCACCUGAAUCAAGUAUGGCAGAAGGUGCUAUGGAAGUAGUAGAAGAAAACUCAAUGACAAGAAGAGUCAACAGUGCUACCUAUGGCAAACGAAAAGCAUCUUCUAAAUGGGACGAUGCAGAAACACAGCAAUUUUAUGAAUGUCUUUCACAGUUUGGUACUGAUUUUGAGAUGAUUUCUAUCAUGAUGCCUGGUAGAACUAGAAAUCAAAUUCGAUUGAAAUACAAUAGAGAAGAACGUCUUCAUCCUGAAAAAGUAACAGAAUACAUGAUUUCAAAAAGAAAGCCCAUGGAUAUUGAUAAAUAUAAAGAAAUGGCAGGUAUUGAUACACUAGAAGCAGUUCCCGAAGAUUUUCAUGAAAUGCAACUGGGAUAA